CAAGCAAAUUGUUGUUACUCAGCCGAAAACACCUCUGCCAGAUGGGAAACGUUUUUGAGGCAAUUUCUUCUAUCUUCUACUAUGGAUGAAACAUGUUUGUCCUGUCGUAUAUUUGCCGUCUUUUUAUUUUCGACCAAAAUCGUCACCAAGUCGAGACGGUAAAUUGUUCAACUUCAGAACCGCCGAUCGUCUACGGGCCUAUAACAAGAGAACUAUUUUCUGUGUUUGACAGAUUCAGAGGGGAGUGUGGCGAAUUAGAUCCAGCCGAUGUCGUGAGAACUUUGCAUGUUAUUGACUUGUUUCCAUUAAAAUCACAAAUACGUCAUUUACUGGAGUCUGUCAAGCAGUGUCAUGCUUCAGAAAACAAGCGUAAAACGUCCCUCACAUUUGGAGUGUUUUGCGUUUUAGUGAAAGAGUUAAGAGAGUGUCAGUAUACAGUAAAAUCACAUAAAAUGGGAUGUGUUCAUGGUAGACAAACACAUGUAAAUCCUAAUGUACAACGAACGAAGACUAAAAGUAGUUGUCAUCUCAAUGGAGCUGCUAAAAGUCCUCUUAUCUUGAACUUUGACGUGUUCCUUGGAGGAGCAUGCAAUCCCACAACAUGGAGGAAGGACGUAGCUAUUCCAAUCUUAAAACAAUAUGGAAUUACAUUUUACAACCCGCAAGUGCAUGAAUGGAGUUCAGAACUGAUAGAGAUUGAGGAACAAGCCAAGCAAUCUGCUAAGCUGUUAUUGUUUGUUCUUGAUGAGAAAACAAGAGGCAUAGCAUCUAUGGUGGAAGCUGCUUUCCUGUCUGGUGUAGGACGUACAUUAUUUGUGGUGAUACAAGGUGUUCCACUGACUGGUGAUGACCUAGAGGGAGAGGUUAUAACUGAAAGCGAAUUUGAAGACUUGGAAAGGGGUCAAGCUUUUUUAUGUGAUUUAGUGGAAAGACAAGGAUUUCCAGUGUUUGAUGAUAUUCCCACAGCUCUGCAGUGUGUCAAUAAAGUUUUAAAACAAGGUGUACAAGUAGAAGACUUAACACUGAGUGAUGGUGCACAAGUAGUCAACCAGAAACAUGCUCAUUGUAGACCUGGAGACCGGUUAAUAGCCUUGAAGGAAACGUUUCAGAUGUAUGAUCAGGAUAAAAAUGGUCACCUACACGUAGAAGAUUUGUUCCUUGCUGUUAAAACAGCCACAGGGCGUGAUGAUCUGACUCCAUCCGACUUUGACUGCAUACAGAAGAAAUGCAAUUGCUCUAUUAAAGAGCAUGAAAACAUUCCAAGUGUUAACAGCCUCACAUUCGAUGAGUUCUGUUGCUUAGUAACAGAGUACAGCCAUGUUUGGCCAUCAAAACAUGGUCGGGGUUGUUUAGCAUAUUAUUUGAAGGGACUCCAAGAAUCAUCAAGAGACUUGUGCAAUUGGUUUUUUAGUUGGCGAUUUAACGACGAUGUUAAUGAAGUUGUUUCGUUAAUGAAAAGGGAUAUCUUUCUCGGUGGAAGUUGUUCAUCAAGUCGAUGGAGAGAAGAUAUAGCUAUUCCACUUUUAAGGAAAAAUGGCAUCACAUUCUUCAAUCCCAGGACCGAACAUUGGACAAUUAGGUUUAUUCCACUUGAACAUGAAGCUAAAGAACACUGCAUAUGUCUGUUAUAUGUCAUAACUAGUGCAACAAGGAGUGUGGGAUCUAUGGUUGAGGCAGCACAUUACAUUGGCCAAGGAAGGACAGUAGUGCUUUGCAUACAAGAAAUCCACGAAGAGUCGUUAAUUGAAGGGGAGCGAUUAUCAAAACGUGCUUUGAGAGAUUACAACAGAGGCAGAAAGUAUUUGGAAGAUGUUGCCAAUCGUAGUAAAGUGCCAAUCUUCAAUGAUGUACUGGAGUCUGUGCAGUGCGCUGUUCAAUUGAUGAAGUCUGAAAAAUGUUCUUGAAUUGUUUACUCUCAUUAAACAUUUGUCAGUACCAGAACUUACAAUAUUUAAAUUAUCAUGUGGUAAAAUUGUGUCAGCUGACCAGCAUUAACCAAUCAGGUAAUAGAGCUUGGUAUCAGCUGAUCGGCAUAAACCAAUCUGGCAACAGAACUUGGUGUCAGCUGACAAGCAUCAACCAAUCAGGUAACAGAACUUGGUGUCAGCUGACCAGUAUCAACCAAUAUAAAUAAAGAUGUACAUCACUUUGACACAUGGAUAUUCAAAACCGUAAAUAUUUGUUACUAUAUUUUUUAUGCUGUAAAUAGUUUAUUUACCAUUUUUUAUAUAUAUAUAUACUAUGCUUUGUACAUAUUAUGGACAGGAGUUUUUGUUUCUUUUGUAUAUAAAUAGUAUUUAAGAUGCAAUUCUAGUAGCUUGUCAAUAUUGUUGGAGCCAGUGCAGUAAAAUGUCUAAAUGUAUGUUUUGUGCCUUCUUGAAAUUUAAAAGUGAUUUUAACACAAAUUUCUUUUUAA